AUGGACUUCGCAGGUGGCUACCACGACCCAAGCCAUCUGCAAGUUUUGCACCAUACUUCACCUUAUCCAUCAAGAACAUCAUCUACCACAGCAGCAUACGGUGUUCUCUUUCUAAUUUUCAUCUAUUACGUCCUCCAGUACCUUGACUACACAAAUCUCCCAAUGUCUGAGCUCCUUUGGAACUCCUUAGUCUAUAUAACCCCAUCACAGAUCUUAUCGGCUCUGGACAGUGGCUUUGGAACAGCAAUGGCCCACGAUGCGCAAAACGACAGUACAGGUUUCAACUCAAAGGGUCAUGCAAGCAAGAGUAACACCAUGAGACGGAUCUUUGGUCUGGAUGGUACAGGCAUCUUGACCACAAUCCAGCGGACGAGGACGAUUUCGAACGUUGGCAGCGUCUUCAAGGCACGGCCAAGCAAUAGUCUACCGGGUUUGGGCAAUUGGGACAACUCUUGCUAUCAGAAUAGCGUUCUACAAGGUCUGGCUGCACUGGAGUCUCUGCCUGCUUUCCUGAGGUCGAAUCCAGCAGGGACAUCAGGACCUACGCAGAAAGCUCUGAAUGAGACGAUUGCCAGGUUGAACGAUCCAGCCAAUGUGGGAAAGACAUUUUGGACCCCUGCAGAGCUGAAGAGCAUGAGCAGCUGGCAACAGCAGGACGCUCAAGAGUACUUUUCGAAAAUAUCGGAUGAGUUGGAGAAGGAUACUGCGAAGGCUGCGAAUAAGAGACCUGGUAGUAGUGGACUGGAAACCUUGCUAGGUGUAGAACGGAGUGAUACGCGGACGAGUUCGCCAGAGACGACCUCGGUCCCUCGGACAAGCAGUAUUGCUUCUUCUGAAGAUACGAUACAUGUUGAACGGCUUCCCGAAGAAGUCGCAUCUCUCAUAGUACGAAACCCUUUGGAAGGCCUCCUGGCACAGCGCGUUGGCUGCCAGCAGUGCGGCUACGUCGAAGGCUUGUCUCUGGUUCCUUUCAACUGCCUCACCGUCCCACUAGGUAGGCAAUGGAUGUACGAUGUUCGAUCGUGCCUUGAUGAGUACACUGCUUUAGAGCCAAUCAACGGAGUCGAAUGUGCCAAGUGCACGCUGCUGCGAGCCAAGCAGCAGAUGGAGCAGCUACUUUCUAAAUUACAUCCAGACACGGGCGAAGGAGAACCAGCUCCAGAUGAGGCGACAAAAGCUUUGCGACUCUCUUUACGAGAAAGACUCGAUAUCAUCACUCAAGCCCUGGAAGAUGAAGACUUCUCGGAUCAAUUGCUGAAGAAAUGUCAGAUACCUUCGAACAAGCGUGUCUCAACGACGAAGACGCGGCAAGCAGUCAUCGCUCGUAGCCCAAGUUCAUUGGUUGUUCACGUCAAUCGAAGCAACUUCGACGAGCUUACCGGCGUCCAGAGCAAAAAUUCAGCCACCGUUAGGUUUCCUCAGCAGCUGGACUUGGCGCCUUGGUGCCUCGGUCGUGACCCAAGCUCGGAUAACGAGGAUGACAGUGUGGAAACGUGGAAUGUCGAUCCGUCUAAGUCUAUGCUGUCGACCGAAGACAGCAUUGAGAAACUUGACUUUGGGAAGAUGUACGAGCUUCGAGCUGUUAUCACGCACUAUGGACGGCAUGAGAACGGUCAUUACAUUUGCUAUAGACGAUCUCCGUACAGUUGCAAACCAGAUGUAUACACAAAUGUUGAAAGCUCUACUACGCCUUGGUGGCGCCUCAGCGACGAGGAUGUGACAGAAGUUGACGAGGACACUGUUCUGGCGCAGGGAGGGGUGUUUAUGCUUUUCUAUGAGCAAGUGGCACCUCUUACGCCGGAAGAAGCGCCUAGGCCCGUUCUCGACGAGCCAAAAGCGGAGUUGCAGACCAUAGCUGAAGAGGGCAAAGCUUUAGACCCCACUCAAGUCAUUGAUGUGCCAGAGAUGUCGAUUUGCGAUGAUAGCCAAUCUGUAAAGCUGGAGCAAGAAGAGCUGGCUUCUGCAUCUGCACAUCCAGCAAACCUUGUCUCCCUUCAAGCGCCGACUGAAGGCACAGGAAGUAAUGCGCCUGUCGUCGAGAACCCAGAGCCUCAAGAAGCCCCGAAGGUCAAUCCCGUCGCCACUAUCCGUGACCCAUCUCAACCUUUGUGCCUUGGGUCACCGAAGACUCCAUUGCCGGCUGCUUCAGAAGCCAGGCCAAGCUCUCCAGCUCCAGCACCAGCACCACAGCCCAAAACAAUUGCGAAAGUUGCGUCUCCUGAGCGCAAGGAGGUUGCAGUUGAGCCUGCAGAGCCUGCGACCCAAGUUGAUACGCAUAAGGAGAACCAGCCUGUCAGUCCUACGUCAAUGCGAACGGCAGGCCCUCGAAACAGCAGAAGCAGUGGAAGCAGAGCUGGGAAGGCGAUGGGAUCAGUGGCUGGAUUUGUGCAGGCCAAUUGA